UGUGUGUAUUUGCAGAUGACAGGUCACAAUCUGAUAUUCUUUAAAUAAUUAAAAUCCAAAUAAAAAACAAUAAUUAUUUAUUUUAUUAAAAUUUAUUCAGUAUUUUUAAUUAAGCAAAGUUUGUUGUUUUUUUUAUUUAACUCGUCUGGUUUGUCAUUGUUAAAUACAUAAAGCUAUAUUAUAUUUACGUGGGUGUUGAUUCCAAAUGGUGAAACUACCUUUUUUUUUUUUUUUUUUAUUUAUUCUUUCCUGUUUAAAUGAUUUGAGCAACAAUUAUCAGCCGAAUGAUAAAUAUGGUUACAUGUAGUGAUAAUUUAUUAUAAAAACCUAGUGAUAAAAAAAAAAAAAAAUUGACAUGUAAUUUUGUCAGGUGAUACGUGUGUUCAGAUAACAUUAUUAAAAUAAAAAAAAAAUAUACGACAAUAAGGUGCAGUUGCUACAAAUAUCAUUUAGGUAAAAAAUAUUAAAAUGGCAUUUCCACCAUUGGUGAGUUCAACACCACCACCACUGGACAAUUAUCGUGAAUCUGAUGAUGAUGAGUUUGGUGAUUUUGCAACAGGAGGUCUAGAUGAUUCAUCAACAACAUCAGAAUCACCACAAAAAAAUGUAUCACCAGUACAAACACCACUUGCAUCAGUAACAGCAUCACCAAGGGUAAAUGGAACAAGUGUUUAUACACCAUCAAAAAAUAAUAUUAUUGAAAAUGCAUUUGAUCAAAAUAAAAUAUACAAUAAUGAAGACGAAGAUGAUGAUAAUACAAUAAUAACUGUUGAAAAAACAAAUGACAAAGUGAAGAGUAUAAUGCUUGAUAAUAGAACUAAUAGUGCUAGUUUAAAUAAAAAUAAUAUAAAUGACGAAAAAAUAUCAAUUUUAACUAGUGAUUUUAAUAAUCUAGAUGUUGUUACAAAUAAUACAUUUAUCAAUAAACAAGAUAACAAUGAUAAUCCAUUAAAUAUGAUUAUAAAAAAUCAUAAUAAUGAUAAUAUUAUUAAUGCAAAUAGUCUAGAUGAUGAUGAUGAUGAUUUAAAUUUAGUUUGUAGUAAUAAAAGUAGCAUAGCUGAGAGUAGUUCAAACAAUUAUCAUGAUAAUAAUGAUACAUCAUUAAAUAUUGAAUUAAAUAAUAAUCAUGAUACAAAAAUUGAUUUUGUUAUUGAUGAUAAAAAAUCUAUUGUCAAUGAUAAUAUACAUAGUAAUAAUAUAGAUAAUGAUUUUUAUGAUUUUAAAAAUUUUAAUAAUUCAAUUGAGUGUGAUAGUCCAUCAGCCAUUAAUGAUAAUGCCAUUAAAAAUUAUCAAUUAAAUGAUAAUAAUAAUCAUCAUCAAGAUAAUGUUGUUGAUGAUAAUAAAAAAGGUUUAUUUGAAAAUACAAAUGAUGAUUUUAAAAAUUUUCUUAUUAAUCAAGAAAUGAAUAAUGCUGUUAAAAGUUUUACAAUAUCUGAUAAUGAAAAUGAUAAUGAUAUCAAUGAUACAACAAUAAAUUCAAUAAAUAAUAAUAUUACAGAUAAUUUUGUAUUUGAUUAUAAUGAUAGUAAAAAAAUUGAUCAUGAAAAUGAUGAUUUUUGUGAUUUUACUGAAAAUAUUAAUGAUAAUUUUAAUAAUUUAAUGACAAGAGAAGAUGGUGAUGGUGAAAGUGUUAUUGAUAAUGAAAAUGUUGAAACAAUAUUUAAUAAUACGAGUAAUGUUAUUGAUGAUUUUAAUGAUAUACCAUCAAUUGAUGAUUUUAAAAUAUCUAAAGAUGAUUUAAUAAUGUCAAAUACAUCUGUGUUUGAUAAAUCAUCAGUGGCUGAUGUUAAAAAAGAUGAUGAUUUUGUUGAUUGGAAUAUAAAUGCUAAUGAUGAUGAUGAUGAUUUUGGUGAUUUUGCUGAUUUUUCAAGUGAACCUGUUGGUAUUAGUGGUGAUGAAUGGAAGCCAGAUACUCAACAAUUAGCUACCUCAAAUAUUGAUAAUCCAAAUAACGAUAAUGAUGAUGAUGAUGAUUUUGGUGAUUUUGAAGAUUUUAGUUCAUACACAACACCAGUUGUUAAAACUGUUAAUAAUAGCUUUGAUUUAAAAAAAUCUAUAACUAGGAUAGAUAAUGAAAAUGUUGUCAAUAAAAUUGAGGACAUUAUAGCUAACAUGUUUCCAAGUGUUCCAAAGCUUGAAAAUAUCGACCUUAAACCUCUUAUUGUAGAUACUGAUAAGGUCUGGGAGGGACUUAAACACGUCGAAGAAACAAAUGCCUUAUCGUAUCAGUGGACCAACAGUGUCAGCAAUAAUGCACUUCUUGGAUCACUUGGUAUUGAUUCACGAAACAUUUUAUUUGGUCCAAGAUGGAAUCCUAACAUUCCAAGAUUUGCUGCAAAUUUGGGGUAUGCACCUCUAGAACCAAUGAAGGCCUUUAAUGAAUCACACUCAUCAAUACAAUCAAGUACCUCAAAAUCAACUAAUUCUGCAAAUACAAUAGAGGAAGUUCCAGCUGCUCAAUUUGAUUGGAAUAGUUCAGGAUUAACAAACCCACUAGAUGCAAAUCCAGAGGAUACACCGACAGAUGAAUCAAAUAAUUCUAAAAAUAUAAAAUUAAAAACAACAAAAUCAUCACAAUUAUCAAAAAUCAUUGAACCUCUACCAGGACCAAGUACUGUCUCUUGGAAAAAGCAAGAAGAUCCCAUGGUACCAUCUCCAAAAGUAUUAAAAACACAAAAAUUAAAUCAGCCAACAAUUGAUGAAGAAAAAUCACAAAAAAAUUCAAAUCUAGAUAAUAAUAAAAAAGAUUUAUCAUCAAAAUUACACAACAACAAUUCGAAAUCAUCAGCUUGUAAAAAUGAUAGUACACCAGUUAAUUCUGAUAACACAGUUAUAGAUAGAUAUGGUAGAAAAAUGCAAGUUAAACAAGAAACAAUACGUGUUCUUAAACAAUUACCAGAUAUAUCAUUUUUAAGUGCACGAACAUUAUUAUUUAAUCCAGAACAAAAACAUAUUGUUCAUGAUCUUGGUGCAAUGAUUAAUCGUAAAAUGCCUGGUUGAGUAACAUCGGUCUGAACACAAAUUUCAAAUGUCAACAUUUUGAAUUAAUAAUAUUAUUUUUCAUUACUUUAUAAAUAACAUUAAUAAUUAAUAAUUUUUUCUUUUUAUUUAUGCAAAAUUAAUUCAAAUUAUUGUUGCAUUUAUGAUGAUCAUUUGAUGAUGGAUUAUUCCAAUUCAAAUUUGUGCUCAGACCAACCAAAAAAUAUCUUUAUAUCAUUAAAUAAUAAUAAUAAUAAUUUUUUUCAUUAUCGGGAGCUUCCGAAUUUUUUAUUGUUAUUAUUAUUAUUAUUAUAAAUAUUAUUGUUGCACUGAUAAUCGCGUGUUGCACAUGUCAUUUGUGUUUUUUCAUUUUGUUUUUUUUAUUUUCUACGUACAUUCCGGGUUUUUUUGUUAUCUUAAUAACACUUAGGAUAAUGAAAAAAUUGUUCAUUGUUUAUUAAUAUAAUAAACUUAUUCGACUUUGAUAAUUUUAAUGUAAAUACGUCGUAUCUUUGCCAAAUGGAUAUUAUUAAAUAAUUCCAUUUUCUAGUCGACGUUUUAAAUAAAAUUAUAAUUUUUUUUUUCCUUUUUUUUUUUUAUUAUAUAUAAAUAAAUAUAUAAAAUUUAAAAAAAAAAAAAAAAACAAUACAGUAAUUUUUAUCAAGUGUUUAUUUAAGAUUGUCAAUAAUGAUAAUUUUUUUUUUUUUUUUAUUUUAAAUCAGAGAUUUAAUUAACGAGAGAGAUACAGUCAAUUAGAAAGAAAGAAAAAAAGCAAAAAAAUUAAAAAACAAAAUUUUAUUAAAGUUCAAUUAUAAUUAUUAAUAAUUACUAAAAAUAAAUUUUUAAAUAUGGUAUUUUAUUUAUGUUAAAAUAUUCUUUAUUAGUCAAAUAUUUUUUGACAAAAAAAAAAUCAUGUAAAAUGUACUUAAGUUUAUAGAAAAUGAAUUUAAAAAAUAAAUUAAUUAAACAUUAUUAAAUUUAUUAUGUUGUUUAUUUUUAAGAUAAUAAAUAGUUACUAUUUUUUUUUCCUUUUCAAAUGGAUUUACAUUAAUUAAGUAGUACACCUUUAAAUUAUUUAAAAUAAAUCUGUUUUUUUUUUUUUUUUCUAUUUUUUUCAUAAUAUUAUUACAACAUUUUGUUGAAAGAAAAUGAUAAACAAAAGCUAAUAUUUAUAUUACGAAAUAUGUUAAUUGUUAUGUUAAAAUUAAUAAUUAUUCUAGUCUUCACACGUUUCAAGCUGUUCAGCAAAUAUUUUAUCAAGUAUAGCUUCAAGCUGGGUGUUUGUUCCACGACAACCUUCAAUCACAGCUUUAGCCCACUGUAAAA